GGAGUGACACAAUCGCGUGCAUUAUCCCGCGUCGCCACUGUUUACAUGACCACAAACGGAAGUGUGUCAAGCUUUUACUGCUGUCAACUUCACCAGGAUUUCUUUAAAUGAUAAUUAUGUAGAUUUACAGAGGAAAUGUCAUUAACAGCUAACAUGUCGACCGAGGCCUUGUUUGAGCCAAGGGUUAACUUUGGCCAGGGCAAGAGUGCCACAACGUUGUUGACAGAAGAUGGGUGUUAUUUUCCUAUCGUUGCACAUGGCUCGUACAGAGAGAGGCAACAAGUGCUGUCAGCUCCAUUCAAGAGGGGGUGGGGCGCCCGGCCCAUGCAUGCCACCACCCUUCUCAUGGCCAAAGCCCCCUGGGUACCGGAUUACACAACCACCUCGAGACAGUUCCACGGAGGCAGCAAGACGCUGAAUCCACCGACACGUGCCACGCCUGGCCCCUCCAUGCACAUCUCCCAGUACCAUCUUGGGGUGCCGCACCCUGACAACCCCUGGCGCACCAACUACUCCCAGGACUUCGCCGCCAAGCAGUCCCCCAGUGCCAAUCACCAUCAUGUGAACGCACAUGCCAAAAGUCACGAGCACAGGUCAGGGUCCGAGGUGAAGGCUGUAAUCCGGGCAUCCGAUGACCCUCCCAGCUACUGGUCUCAGUAUAACCGCAUCCACAGCAAGCUGGGCCACAUACUGGGUCCAGGCGUACAGAGAGAAUAUCCAGUCAGGAAGCAGUACAACUUCAUCACAGGUACGAUGGGGUCACCAGCUUGGAAGGAGGACAACCGGCGAGUGUCCGGCAACCGCGUGUUACGCUCCGCCAGGACUAAGGUCCAGAAUACGUCCAUCAUCAGCUGAGUUGGCAGCCAGCUCCACGGAGGGAAGCAAUUGCAGCAGCGGUAUAAAUGAAGGCCAACAUUUUCAGCCGUCAUAUGAUAAAAACAAAAAAAAAUACUGUCGCUGAUGCCUGCUUUUCUAUCAUGUUAUUUUAUAUUUCAAAAGAGGUUACUUGAGAUUCACUGUCACAGGCGUGUAAAUUUCACCAUUUUUGCCUUCUGAAUGAAGAUUUCAUGCUCACAAGUGGGGUUAGAAUGCAAGGAUGUGUGGAUGUGUUGAAGAGUAAGGACACUGUUCUCUCUAAGUUGUAAGUGCUGUUGAUGAGAAUGGCAUCUUUGUGUCCUUACACACAUCCAGAAUAUUCUUCUCCUGUGUAAAACGUAAGGUAUUCAUACUGCACCUUGUUUUGAUCCGUGAAAUCUGACUGAUUACUCGAUACAAUAUCACCAACAGCAUUCUAUAUAAUCUGCCUUGUCACGACUUGUGUUAUUGGGAGUUAUAUCCAGUCUUUGAUGUGAUAUUUUGAUUUCCUUGUUCAGGUGGGUCACCAACCCAUGUUUAAUAUGAUUAAUACAUUGAUUUGAUACGACUGGGAUUGUAGUAACAUACAAUGCCUCAACCUUGUGAAUGGGAGAAGAUAAAGGGAGAUUUUUUUAGAUAACCAAUUGUUUAUACAUUCUAACAAUGUAAGAUGUCGUUAUAGAAAACAAUUCCUACAGAUCACAAAACUCAUCACUAGAAUAUUCGAGGAAGAGGAAUAUAAACAUGAUGAAUAUUAUCUUUUCUAUCAGAUACUUAAGAAAAAGAGGGUUGACUUUGAACUGAGGCUCGUCCAAUUACACAACUCAUAGAUCUGGGGUAGAAUAGGUCUAAAUAGGUGACUAUGUUUGUCGUAAGAGGCAACUAACGGUGUUUGGGUGGUCAGGCUCACUGACUUGGUUGAUGCAUGUCAUUGUAUCCCAAUAUUCAUGAUGUCAAUCACUGGAUUGUCUGGUCCAGACUUGAUUAUUGACAGACCGCCGUCAUAUAGCCUUAACAUUGCGGAGUGCGGCGUUAAACAACAAACCAACAAAACUCAUGCUGUGUUGAUCACGUUGCGUCCUGAAGGCCCAGGUCUGUAGAACUGAGUACUGUUCCCUUGACAAGCAAGGAUGCAUUUCUGCUGAACUUCAAUACCUGCACAGAAUGAUUAGAUUGAGGUUUGUUAGUGUGGUGACCACUGUAAACAGUUCUGUGUUGGUCCAGCAGGAGAGAAGGGUAACUUGAUACUGAUAUUGCAGCUAUAGGGUAGGUCGAGGCAAGGGAACUCAACAGAGGUGGAGUCAGCAGUGUUUGAAGUAAAACAUCAUCUCAGAUCUGGGCCAAGAUUCAUUACCUUUGCCGAUUCAUGAAUCUUCCUUUUAACAUAUUGUUAUUUUUCUAAUGUUGAUGUACCUCUUGAUACUAGUCCAGCAGUAUUGUUUUAUGAAGUAUUACAUAUUCAGAGGGUGGGUCCAGACCCCCCCUCCCCCUUUUGAAAACCAAAUGUAGUAUGUAAAAUUGACGGAGGUUUUUUGUAUUUUGGUCCACUACCUUUUGAAAACGCUGGAUCCACCCUAGUUUUAUACGGUAUUUACAUCUUUUAUCAGUAUACAUAAUUUUAAAAAAUGUUAAUUGAAUAUUUUGUAAUGACAUGCAUUAUAAUUGUUCUUCCUUCUGUGGAGCCAAGCACCUCCAUUUCUUUCUGUAGACAUUCUUUUCAACAUUCAAAGUAUAUUUUCAUGAAGCCAAACUUGAUAUGUGAUUGUGUUUCCGUGUUGGAGGUGUGGUACUGGACUGUUUGUACAGAUGCUGGUACUAUUCUGUGUAAUAUUCUUUAGGGGAAAUAAACUUUUUGAUGUGGAUUUUCCCCAUCAACAUUUAUA